UAUGUCGGGGCUCCUGUGGCCUACAUUCAGCAGAUCUUGGUGAAAGCUACCGUCUCCCCGUGGCAGAAGAACUUCCUUGCUGUUGAUGUAUUCCGUUCACCCCUCUCCCGCGUCUUCCAGCUGGUGGAGGAGAUCAGAAACCAUGCCCUGAGAGACAGUUCUGGUGUCAAGAGCUUGGAGGAAGUUUGCCUGCAGGUAACAGAUCUCCUGCCUGGCCUCAAGAAGCUGCGGAAUCUGCUCCCCGAACACGGCUGUCUGUUACUGUCUCCAGGCAACUUCUGGCAGAACGAUCGAGAGCGAUUCAAUGCUGACCCAGAUAUCAUCAAAACCAUCCACCAGCAUGAACCAAAGACAUUGCAGACGUCGGCCACCCUCAAAGAUCUGUUGUUUGGGCUCCCUGGAAAGUACAGCGGGGUGAACCUCUAUAACCGGAAGCGAGUGGUAUCGUACACUGUCACACUGGGCCUCCAGCGCUAUGAUUCCAGGUUCCUCAGCAGCCUCCGCUCUCGCCUCAAGCUGCUGCAUCCCAGCCCUAACUGCACGCUGCGAGAGGAGAACAUCGUUCACGUCCACUUCAAGGAAGAGAUUGGCAUUGCUGAGCUGAUACCCCUCGUCACCACCUACAUUAUACUCUUCGCUUACAUCUACUUCUCCACACGGAAGAUCGACAUGGUGAAAUCGAAAUGGGGUCUGGCGCUGGCAGCUGUCGUGACGGUGCUCAGCUCUCUGCUCAUGUCCGUCGGGCUGUGCACGCUCUUUGGUUUGACGCCUACUCUUAACGGAGGGUAUGUUUCCAACCCCAGACCUCUUGCUGAAGAAGGGGAGAAGGAGGAGAAAUUGUUGACAUCAGCUGUUAAAUGCUUAAUCGUUAAGAUCCAGCAUUUUCCAGAGUAG